UUCAGAUUAGGUUCGGUUUGCUCUAAGAGAUGCAGUUGUUUGUGAAACGCCACCGUUUUGGAAAACUGUGUAGCUCGAAAAGAUACGAACUUAAUGAGUGGAGAGAAAACACGUGUCCUCAGCUUGAACAGAUAAUUCUGCGACUCUUGAGAAAGGAAGACGAAGGAAGGAGAAUAGUAGAAGAAGAAGAAAGGGAGAGUCUUGUGAUAUCUACGUAGAAGGAAGAUGGCCUUAUCUCAAGUGUCUGCGUCUCUCGCCUUUUCUCUUCCCAAUUCUGGUGCCCUAAAGCUAGCCACAAUCACAAACCCAACUUCUACAUGUCGGGUUCAUGUUCCGCAACUUGCUGGAAUCCGAUCCACCUUCGCUUCUGGUUCUCCUCUCUUGCCAUUGAAGUUGAGUAUGACCCGUAGAGGAGGAAACAGAGCAGCAUCAGUUUCCAUAAGAAGUGAGCAAAGUACAGAAGGAAGCAGUGGUUUGGAUAUAUGGCUUGGUCGUGGCGCCAUGGUUGGUUUUGCAGUUGCCAUUACUGUUGAGAUUUCCACUGGAAAAGGACUUCUUGAGAAUUUUGGAGUAGCAAGUCCAUUGCCUACGGUUGCUUUAGCUGUUACAGCAUUGGUUGGUGUUCUAGCUGCGGUUUUCAUCUUCCAAUCUUCUUCUAAAAACUGAUCGACAAGAAUCUUGUUUUGUGAUGCUGCCGAGGAUCAUUUUCUUGUAUUAAGAAUCUUGUAUUAUAUAUCACUGUAACUUCUACAUCCAUCAGUGGAGAAUCUUACAUUCUUAGUUUUUUUUGGCAACAUACAUGAUCUAUACAUGUCUUUUGGCCAAAUCUUAUUUUUAUAUUUUUAAUACAUGAUCUAUAACAUGUAUUAAGUUUGAAAACAUAACAAAAUUUUUGUAACAAAAAUAACCAAAAUAUUAUUUGAAAAAGAAAUAUCCAAA